GGCCUGCCCGCCCGCCCGCCCGCAUCGCCAUGGCUCUCGCCGUCCGCACGCCCCGCUUCCAGCCUCGACGGACCUCCAUUUCUGCGCCCGCACCACCCGCCUCGACAUCCCUCGCCGCCGCGAACGCGAGGCCCCGCGCCUGCGCCGCCGCCGCCGUCCGCGCCUCGCCCUUCACCGAGGCCACCUCCUCCUCGCGCUACCGCCGCGACGCCUGGUCCUACGCCGCCGCCGAUGGCUCCUCCAGCUCCGCAUCCCCGUCCUCUUCCGAUGCUGCCGCUGCCGCCGCCGCUGCGGCGGCGGCGGCGGGCCGCCGGGACGACGAGAUCGCGCUGCAGCUGCCGGAGCUGCGGAGGCUCCUGGACGCGCUGAGGGCGUCCAGGGGGAAAGGCGCCGAGGGGGCAGACGGCGGCGGCGGGCCCGGGAGGGUGGCGCUGGUGGGGACAGGGCCCGGGGACCCCGAGCUGCUCACGCUCAAGGCGGUCCGGGCCAUCGAAGCGGCGGACCUGGUGCUCUACGACAGGCUGGUGUCUAACGACGUGUUGGACUUGGUCGGGGAGGGCGCCAGGCUGCUCUACGUCGGCAAGACGGCGGGAUACCACAGCCGCACCCAGGAGGAGAUUCACGAGCUGCUGCUGAGCUUUGCCGAGGCUGGUGCCAAUGUUGUCCGCUUGAAAGGUGGCGAUCCUCUGGUUUUUGGAAGGGGCGGAGAAGAGAUGGAUUUCUUACAGCAACAGGGAAUCAAAGUCGAAGUUAUCCCAGGAAUUACUUCUGCUUCAGGAAUUGCAGCAGAACUAGGCAUUCCGCUAACCCAUAGAGGUGUUGCUACCAGUGUCAGAUUUUUAACCGGACACUCCAGAAAUGGUGGGACAGAUCCACUACAUGUAGCUGGAAGUGCAGCUGAUCCAGACACUACUUUGGUUGUGUACAUGGGUUUGUCAACACUUCCAUCACUCGCUCCAAAGUUAAUGAAGCACGGCCUGCCGCCAGAUACCCCUGCUGUUGCAGUAGAGCGCGGGACUACACCUCAACAACGAACGGUGUUCUCCUUGUUAAAGGAUCUUGUGGAUGAAGUCAAGUCAGCUGAUCUAGUUUCUCCAACUCUAAUAAUUAUCGGGAAAGUGGUAUCCUUGUCGCCCUUCUGGGUGGAGUCAUCUGAACAUUAUGCACUGAAAAUUGAGAGCUCUUAUACAAAUGAAACCAGAUGAUAGCACGUUUUCCUGAUUUUAGUGAUUGGACAAUACUUAAGUAAUGAAAUAUCCCAGAUACGAGCAGUUCCAAUUGAGAUCCAUUUAGGAAAUGCAAGCACAGGUUCGACCUGGUGUACACAAAACAUUUCAGGAAGCAUGGAUUCUGAAUGAUGGAUGGCUUAAGCCCAUAACAGCAUUGGGACAGAAGCGCACUUCUUCUGAUCAUGCUUUGACUCUUUGGCCUAUCUACCUGAGAUCCACAAAUUUUUGAUUUAGUUGUUCGACAAUAAUUGUGUGCUUCUGUAUUGCUUUGGUGGGAAUUGCUUUGAUCCCCUUUCUUCUGUUGAUGAAGAGGUCAUGUCUGGAGGCUUGAGCUUCAGUAUAUAGACGCAUUUCAAUUCAGUGUGGUCUUUGUCA